AUGACACGCGUGUAUCUCGAUGAUAAUGCUACGACGCCUGUGGAGCCCGCCGUAAUGCAGGCAUUACUGCCAUAUUUUGGUCCACAAUUUGGCAAUGCGUCUUCAACUUAUGCACUUGGCCAAACCGCUAAGAAAGCGGUGGAGAUGGCACGUACCCAAGUGGCAUCAAUGUUGGGCGCCUCUGACUCGAAUGAAAUUGUCUUUCUUUCAGGUGGUACCGAGUCAAUUAAUUAUGCAAUCAAAGGGUCAGCACUUGCAGCAAAACGUACGAGUGGACGUAACCACAUUGUCACGUCUAGCGUCGAGCAUGUGGCGGUGCUGGAGACGUGUAAAUGGUUGGAGACACAGGGAUUCCAAGUCACAUACCUGCCUGUAAAUAACUUUGGCUGUGUCCGGGUACAAGAUGUACUGGAUGCACUUACCGUACAGACGUGUGUGGUGUCCAUUAUGCUUGCUAACAAUGAAGUUGGAUCGUUGCAGCCAGUUGCAGCAAUUUCUCGAGCAGUGCGACAAUUCGUCGUGGACGAGGAGAAUCGGCUACCUAUUGUCGUGCAUACAGACGCCAGUCAAGCGAUUGGUAAAGUACGUGUGAAUGUCGUGGCGCUUGACGUGGAUUUGGUGACAAUGGCGGGCCACAAAUUCUAUGCGCCAAAGGGUGUCGGCGCUCUCUACGUCCGUAAAAGCAUGGUACUGGACACGAUAAUUCACGGAGCAUCGCAGGAAAACGGACGUCGUGGUGGUACAGAGAAUGUGGGACUAGUGGCGGCACUGGGCCAGGCUUGUGCGCUUGUAGAGAAGAACUUGCACGAGUACGCUGUCAUCAUGCAAGAGAGCAGGGCGUUCCUCCUCGAGCAGAUCCAGAAGCACUGCAGUCUUACGAAUGUUAGCUACCAGGUAAACGGCCACCCAGAACUUUCUCUGCCUAACACGCUCAGCAUUAGCUUUGAAAACAUUGACGCAUCGCGUCUCCUCGACUUGAUAGAGGCCGACGGCGUCUAUGCAAGUGCAGGAUCAGCGUGUCAUAGCCACAAGCAAGACAGGACUACCGAACAGGAAAAGAACCUAGACCGCGACGGGAAACACAUUACUACCAUUUCGCACGUGCUAGCUGCCAUGCACGUGGCUCCUGAGUUUGCCAAAGGCACACUGCGCUUGUCUGUGGGUCGCUCUACCACGCAGGAAGAGGUACUACACGCUGCUAACGCGAUUCACAAGGCCAUCCAGCAACUGCUGUAG